GGUAUAUAUUCAUUAACUGUUUUUACAUUUUUAUUAUUUCAAUUUUAACGAAUAAGUCAACUUUUGGCUAAACGAAAAUUAAUAGUAUUCAAAAAAUGAAAUUCACAAUUGCAUUUUUGGUGUUGGCACUCGCUUUCUGCGCUUACGCCCAAGAAGAACAAGCACCAUUGAGCCCAGAACAAGUUGUUGACCUCGUCAAAGAAAAGAAUCCAAACCUGGCAUGUGUUAAUCUGGAAUGUAGACUUUCCUGCAGAAACCAAGGCUUUAAAUCGGGAUACUGCGCUGCUGGAGCCAGCUGUACAUGUGUAGGACCUUUGGUAGCUUAAACUCGUUUGCAAUGUUUUAGAAUAUUUCAAUUGGCUUUUAUCUUUAGAUCUGAUGAACAAAAUUGUGAUAGUUAAAACAAUGUAAAUUAACAAUCAGUUUUAUAAAAUAAAAUGAUAAAGCAAUAA